UUCCCGCGACACACGCUGCGGAGCCUCGACGCGACGCAUCACGACCACGUCCCGCUGGGAGCGCUGCGCGGCAACCGACAGUCCGAGAGAAGAGCCCGGGGUCGAGAUGGAGCUCAUCACGAUCCUCGAGAAGACCGUCUCUCCAGAUCGGAUCGAACUGGAGGCGGCGCAGAAGUUCCUGGAGCAAGCGGCCGUGGAGGAUCUGACCACCUUCCUGGUGGAGCUGUCCAAGGUGCUCGCCAACCCGGGGAACACGCAGGUGGCCCGAGUCGCCGCCGGCCUCCAGGUGAAGAACUCGCUGACCUCCAAGGACCCGGACGUGAAGACGCGCUACCAGCAGAGAUGGCUCGCCAUCGACGCCAACGCCAGGCGUGAGAUCAAGAACUAUGUUCUCCAGACUCUGGGCACGGAGACGUACCGGCCCAGCUCGGCGUCGCAGUGCGUCGCCGGGAUCGCCUGCGCCGAGAUCCCCGUGAACCACUGGCCCGAGCUCAUCCCUCAGCUGGUCGCCAACGUCACGGACCCGUCCAGCACGGAGCACAUGAAGGAGUCCACGCUGGAGGCCAUCGGGUACAUCUGCCAGGACAUCGACCCGGAGCAGCUGCAGGAAAACGCCAACCAGAUCCUGACCGCCAUCAUCCAGGGCAUGAGGAAGGAGGAGCCGAGCAACAACGUGAAGCUGGCGGCGACCAACGCUCUGCUCAACUCGCUGGAGUUCACCAAAGCCAACUUCGACAAGGAGACGGAGCGACACUUCAUCAUGCAGGUUGUGUGUGAGGCGACGCAGUGUCCCGACACCAGAGUGCGUGUGGCGGCCUUACAGAACCUGGUGAAGAUCAUGUCUCUGUAUUAUCAGUACAUGGAGACGUACAUGGGCCCCGCCCUGUUCGCGAUCACCAUCGAGGCGAUGAAGAGCGACAUCGACGAGGUGGCGCUGCAGGGCAUCGAGUUCUGGUCCAACGUGUGCGACGAGGAGAUGGACCUCGCCAUCGAGGCGUCGGAGGCCUCGGAGCAGGGGCGCCCCCCCGAGCACACCAGUAAGUUCUAUGCCAAAGGGGCCCUGCAGUACCUGGUGCCCAUCCUCACGCAGACCCUCACCAAACAGGAUGAGAACGACGACGACGACGACUGGAACCCGUGCAAGGCGGCGGGGGUGUGUCUGAUGCUGCUGGCCACCUGCUGUGAGGACGACGUGGUUCCUCACGUUCUGCCCUUCAUCAAAGAACACAUCAAGAACCCGGACUGGCGUUACCGCGACGCCUCCGUCAUGGCCUUCGGAUCCAUCCUGGAAGGACCGGAGCUCAACCAGCUCAAACCGCUGGUGAUCCAGGCGAUGCCGACUCUGAUCGAGCUGAUGAAGGACCCGAGCGUGGUGGUGAGGGACACCACGGCCUGGACCGUGGGCCGGAUCUGUGAGCUGCUGCCUGAGGCCGCCAUCAACGACCUGUACCUGUCCCCCCUGCUGCGGUGUCUGAUCGAGGGCCUGGAGGCGGAGCCCCGGGUGGCGUCCAAUGUCUGCUGGGCCUUCUCCUCUCUGGCGGAAGCCGCCUACGAAGCCACGGACGCAGCCGAGGACCAGGAGGAGCCCGCCACCUACUGCCUGUCCUCCUCCUUCGAGCUCAUCGUGCAGAAGCUCCUGGAGACCACAGACAGGCCGGACGGUCACCAGAACAACCUGCGCUCCGCCGCCUACGAGGCUCUGAUGGAGAUCGUGAAGAACAGCGCGAAGGACUGCUACCCCGCGGUGCAGAAGACCACGCUGGUCAUCAUGGAGCGGCUGCAGCAGGUCCUGCAGAUGGAGUCUCACAUCCAGAGCACCUCCGACAGAAUCCAGUUCAACGACCUGCAGUCGCUGCUGUGCGCCACGCUGCAGAACGUUCUGCGUAAAGUUCAGCACCAGGACGCUCUGCAGAUCUCCGACGUGGUCAUGGGUUCUCUGCUCCGCAUGUUCCAGAGCACCGCCGGCUCCGGGGGGGUGCAGGAGGACGCCCUGAUGGCCGUGUCCACGCUGGUGGAAGUUCUGGGCGGAGACUUCCAGAAGUACAUGGAGGCCUUCAAACCGUUUCUGGCCAUCGGACUGAAGAACUUCGCAGAGUAUCAGGUGUGUCUGGCGGCCGUGGGCCUGGUGUGCGACCUGUGCCGAGCUCUGAUGUCCAACAUCCUGCCGUACUGUGACGAGAUGAUGCAGCUGCUGCUGGAGAACCUGGGGAACGAGAACGUCCACCGCUCCGUGAAGCCUCAGAUCCUCUCGGCGUUCGGCGACAUCGCUCUGGCCAUCGGAGGAGAGUUUAAGAAGUACCUGGACAUCGUGUUGGACACGCUGCAGCAGGCGUCUCAGGCUCAGGUCGACAAGACGGACUACGACAUGGUGGACUACUUGAACGAGCUGAGGGAGGGUUGUCUGGAGGCGUACACCGGCAUCAUCCAGGGUCUGAAGGGCGACCAGGAGAACGUCCACCCUGACGUGAUGCUCAUUCAGCCACGAGUGGAGUUCAUUCUCUCCUUCAUCCAUCACAUAGCGGAGGACGAGGACCACUCUGACGGCGUGGUGGCCAACGCCGCCGGACUCAUCGGCGACCUGUGCACGGCGUUCGGUAAAGACGUGAUGAAGCUGGUGGAGGUUCGUCCGCUCAUCAACGACCUGCUGACGGAGGGUCGGCGCUCCAAAACCUCCAAGACCAAGACGCUCGCCACCUGGGCCACGAAGGAGCUCCGCAAGCUGAAGAGCCAGGCCUGAUGCCUGGAGGAGCAGACAGGGGGCGCUGUGAGAGAUCGACAUGCGUGAACGAUGAGGAAAAACUUUAGCUUCUGUUCGUCGGUCGAAGACGAGUGAGUGAGUGUGUGUGAGAGAGAGAGAGAGAGAGACACGUUUGAGAGAACGAGCGAGAGAUGAUGACGUCACACAACCCUAAAGUCCAGCAGGCGACGACCCCCCCCCACCCCCCCCCCUCUUCUGGACAGCCUGUGGACUGGACUCUGACUCCCCCCUCCUCUCCCUUUAAAACAAACUUACCUUCAAGCCUGCCCCCCCCCCCCUCCCCCUCGCUGUAGCUGGGCUCUCCUUCGACGUCACGAUGACGUCACCGACCUGCCGUCGCCACCCCCCCCCCCACGCCGGGGGAGGGGGGGCUUGAGGGGAAACGGAUAAAAACCCGACAAGAAAACAUGAGACUUGGAGCGGACUGAGAGGAAAACGUUUUUUGUUGCUCUUUUUUUCUUCUUCCGAGCUCGACCCCGGCGAAGGAGAAGCGGCGUCCACCCCCCCGACAACAGCAGCACUAAAUCACUUCAAAAUAAAAGUGGCGCCCCCCCGAGGAGCGGUCACGGAGCGAGUGCCAAACGGAAAAGAAACGGUGCGAAGCGUCUCGGUUUAGAUUUCCAGCUGCACGGAGGGAACGCUCACGUUUCUGCUUGUUUAAAAAUUCAGAGAAUUGAAGACGUUUGUAUGAGGUUAUAUUUUUCCAUUGUUAUGAUUAAAAAAAAAAAAAAAAAAGUUGGAAAAAAAACAAUAAAAUGAUAUGAAACAUUCCCCACGCAGUUCUGGUGAUUUGGGUUUCUGUCGUCUGUCGGACUCCCGGACGGAACCGGACCGGACGGAACCGGACUCUGAACUUUGUUUACGCCACAAAUGACCAUGAUCUUUUUUUUUCCUUUUAUCUUUUUUUUAUUCCUCGGCCGUCACUCCUGGGACAGUUCUCUUGUUCGGGGGGGCUUGUAGUCCAGCACCUGACCCGGCCCGACCGCUAACAGCCACCACAGGACAGGAAGUUCCAAUCGAACUCGAACCUUUGAGUUGACGGUUCAGUGUUUCCAGCCUCACAGGGCUCUUAUUUUGAAGAGGUGUGGCGGACGUAGGGAAGACUUCCUGUGUUGACAUGAACCUGCAAACUUGGUGUUCAUUGAAUUGUGAAUCAUUUAAAGCUGUUCUGCUUUUUACUUCAUAAUCAACUCUAGUGAACUAAUAAAGUCUAUAUUGUACUGAA